AUGUCCACUGUCACCACCACCAUCGACAAUGUCGACCCGCUGAUCGGCUACAACCCCGCAGAUCAGUGGUCGGAGGGUGCCAGGGACACCUCCGGUGACAGCCUGUUCGCUCGAUACUCAAAUGGCGGGACGUUCACCCUCACGACCACUAACGGUGCAUACGCCGAGUUCACGUUUAACGGCACCGCCGUCACGAUCUUUGGCGCAAAGAGAUUCAACCAUGGAUUAUAUACUAUCACGCUCGAUAAUAGCAAUGUCGGCACUUUCAAUGGGACUAACGCAGAGGGCGUCUGGGGCCCCCUCUACUCGGUCGGGAACCUGCCACAACAGUCGCACACUGUCAGGAUCACGCACGCCGGGAAUACCGGCACUCAGUACCUCGACGUUGACUAUAUUACCUUCAAUAGCACCGUACAUGCUAAUUGGUCGACGGUUGACGAUACAGACUCUUCGUUCGAGUUCCCGUCGACUGGCCAAUGGAGCACCAACGUUGCGAACGCUAGUCAAUAUAACGCCUCAACGGGACACAUUACCUGCCUCCAAGGAGGCAGCGCCUCUUAUAUUUUCCAACUCUUCGGCACGGUCGGCCCCAAGAUGGGACAAUACUCCGUUAGCCUCGAUGGUGCGCCGCCAAUAGGCUACAACGCGCAGAAGGAGUACUUCGCGUCCAACAUGAUGCUUUACGCCGGGAGCUCCCUCGGCGCCGGCCAACAUAACCUCACGAUCACGAAUCUGCAAGGCCAGACGGGCUCGUGUCUUGCGCUGGACUAUGCGCUCGCCAACCCGGCAAAGCCGUCCGCAUCGCAGAGCUCCGGGGGAAACAGACACAGCUCACUGGGCGCAGUCAUUGGUGGUGUUGUCGCCGCCAUCGUCGUCAUCAUCGCCAUUGCCAUCGCACUCUAUUGGUUCCUCUGGCGCAGCCGCCGCUCCAGUCGCUCGGGCCCCACGCCAGGACAAGCCGACUUUGCCGCGAAAGACCCCUUCUACGACGACGUCCGGACGCAUAACGUUAGCUCUGCGAACCUGGGUUCUAUUGUAGUCCCGAGGGUAGGCACGGGGUACCCGCCGACGAUUCAUAGCCAGAACCAGAGAUACGAAGCGCUCCAUGGACAAAAUCAAUCGUACGACGCGUACCCCGGGCAGAAUCAAGGGUAUAAUUCGUACCAUAGUCAGGGCCAGGGCGGGUGGCAGCACGGCGAUCAGCAUCAACCCAGUGUGAGACCUGGCACCAUGUACACGAUGAGUGAGCCCGGGACGAUGCCCGACCCGCGGGACUACCAGCAUCACACCACCAGCCCUUCCGUCCCAUCGACUGCAGGUUUCGGAAUGCCCAGUCCCGCGCACACAUCAACCGACGUACACCGCGCACAGUCGACGUAUACCUCUUCCUCCGGCACGCGAGACACGCGCGACACCAAGGCUCGCUACAUCGCGAACGACGAUCGUUCGCACGUACGUUCGCCAUCGUCCAAUGCGUUCUCGCCGGACUUGGAGGGGCCUGCGCACGGUGGACUGUCAUUCGACGACGUCCCACCCGAUUACCACGAGGCUACCCACCGGUGACCAUAAACUAUCUAUUUUUAUCCCUUUCUUUCUCCCUCUCGUUUCGGUGCAUGCUGUCGCUACCUCUUUCGCGUUUUGAGGAUUACUUUCAGGGUGCGUGCCUAUCUUAGCCCAUCUAGUUCGCGAUUACUGUUGCUGGGCAAUAAUCCAGUCUCUUGGACUGUCUCGUGCGUAGUGUACAAUCGAUGUAUUAUAUGUCAUAGAGGUGGAUACUGGACUCUGUCAAUGCUUCGCGGGCACGCCUGGGCAUGCCUGCCUAGAAUCUC